CUAAUUUCCGGGUAUACAAGUCAUAGUGCAAAAUUAGGGUGUUGAACAUUAAAUACAUAAGCUAUUCGUCAUUUAUAGGCUUUAUUUGUUUAAUUUUGAUUCGCCUUUAAAAAUAUUUGAUUACAACACAACAUGUCGGGCGAACUUCUUACAACAAAGCAGAUUAAAGCUUUGAAAGAGCACAAAUACAGUGCCCAGGGUAGCUCACUAUGCGAGCCUGUCAUGCAGAUAUUUUGGAAAUGGCUUGUGGAACAAAUUCCCCGUACAUGGUCACCGAAUAUGAUAACCCUCAUCGGUCUCCUUAUGAAUGUAGUGUCGUCAGCUGUUCUGAUGCUUUACAACCCAGAUGGUUUACAUGAGUCGCCACGAUGGGUAUACGUCAUGUGUGCAUCAGGGCUGUUCAUCUACCAGUCACUUGAUGCAAUUGAUGGUAAACAAGCGAGGAGGACCCAGUCUAACACCCCAUUAGGAGAGCUUUUCGACCAUGGAUGUGACUCCUUGUCUACUGUUUUUGUGAUGGUAGGCUGCUGCAUUUCUUUGAAACUUGGACAGGAGCCAAUGGUCCUCUUAUUUGAAAUUUGUGCGUCAGAGUUAUGCUUUUACAUGGCACACUGGCAGACCUAUGUUACAGGAACACUCAAAUUUGGAAUGAUUGACGUAACAGAGGGUCAGUUUACUGUGAUAUUUAUUUAUACAAUUUGUGCAAUAUCUCCUGGAUUUUUUGACAAUACACUUCCUGUUGUUGGUGUACCACUUCGCUACUUAUGUGCCUUAGGAAGCUGGUUGCCGUCAAUGUACUUCAUAUUUAAAACAUCGCAACUCAUCCUGCAGGGUGGUGUGGGCAAGAACAAAAGUACAGUCGCUGGUUCCAGCACUAUUUUCCCAGUGCUGCCAAUCGGUCUCCUGUUAGCCCUUCAAGUCAUUAUAGCCAACAAGACAUCUGUAUAUGUCGACCAGCCCUGUUUAUAUCUGCUCAGCUUUGGAUUCGUCUAUUCUAAAAUCACAAAUAGUCUUGUAGUGGCGCACAUGACUAAAAGUGAAAUGCACCUGCUAGACUGGAGUCUUCUGGGGCCAAUGAUGCUCUUCAUGAACCAAUACUUCAACUCCAAAUUUAAUGAAUACAUCCUUUUAUGGAUUGUUUUUAUAUAUAGUCUUCAGAACUGGUUGACAUACAAUUAUAACGUGUGUCGAGAAAUAUGUGCUCAUCUUAACAUCUACUGCUUCAACAUCACAGAAAAACCAAAUGGAGAGCGCAAAACCAGUGACAAAGACAAAUAAUUCAGUGGUCUAGCCUACAACAACAUGCUCACGUAUGAAAGCAGAUUGCACUUACUAUAUAGUUUCUAUAACAUGUAUUACAUCUUUGUAUAAAAGCUUUGAAAGCUCAAGUCCUUUUGAGUCAUAUUUAUAUUGUCUAUGUUUGUACUAGUAAUUUUAUCAAAUAUCUUAUAAAAUUGUUUCUGUUGUACUGGUCUGUUAUUAUACCCAGGAAGUUACAUUCUCCUUCAACCAGCCCGGUAAAUUUUCAGAUGUUUUUUAGUGUAAAGGAAUGUUGCUUAAGUUAAAAUGUGUAUUAUUUACUUGCCUUCCACAAGUUUUCAUUUCUGCUUUGAUACUCUUUUUAAACAUGUUUUAUUUUCCAUUCAUUAUAUUUUAAAUCUUGUUUGUUUUAUUUAAAGAAUUUAAUUGUGAACAGUUUAAAUUUUGAGUUGCUUACAUAAUCAAAUAUCUUUAGAACACUUAUAAACUUAGAUUACUGUGCAGUGGACUGCACAGGCUAAUCUGGGACAACACUUUACACAUGUGCAUUAAACCCCCUUUUCACAGAGCAUGGCCCAAUUUAGAGAAAAACACGAGUGUUGACUCAGAAACUUGAGUUGGAUUGGGGUAUUGAGCUGUUAUAUUGUUUGUUAGCAGUUGACACGCAGACUUAGGUUGGGAUAUCAUUUAGAGCCAGUUGCAUCAAAGGGAAUGUUACUCAAAAUCUAAAAAUGUUUUAUAAGCAAUAACUUAUUUCGGAAUCGAUGUUUUGUGCGGUCAUUUCCUGUGUCGGCAGCUGAGAUGCAGACCUUGCUUGCAAAGAUAGCUAAAGUCUUCCAUAUUAAUUGGAGUAAUUGAAAAAAAAGUAUUUUCUUGGCAUUGUCUUAUUUCUUGUUUUUAGCACAACGUGCUCAUGGUGAGCUUUUGUGAUCGCCUUUUGUCUGUCAUGCGUCGUCCGUUGUGCGACGUCAACAUUUGCCUUGUUCACUCUCUAGAGGCCACAUUUAUUGUCCAAUCUUCAUGAAGUUUGGUCAGAAGAUUCGUUUCAAUGAUAUCAUGGAUGAGUUCGAAAAUGGUUACGUUUGCCUGAAAAACAUGGCUGCCGAGGGGCGGGGCAUUUUUCCUUAUAUGGCUUUAGUAAAAUCUUGUUAACACUCUAGAGGUCACAUUUAUUUUCCGAUCUUCAUGAAACUUGCUUAGAAGAUUUGUCCCACUGAUAUCUUUGAUGAGUUUAAAAAUGGUAACCUUUGCUUGAAAAACAUGGCUGCCAAGGGGUGGGGCAUUUUUCCUUAUAUGGCUUUAUAUGGCUAUAGUAAAAUCUUGUUGACACUCUAGAGGUCACAUUUAUUAUCCAAUCUUAAUGAAACUUGGUCAGAAGAUUCAUCCCAAUAAUAUCUUGGACGAGUUCGAAAAUGAUGCCGGUUGGUUGAAAAACAUGGCCACCAGGGGGCGGGGCAUUUUUCUUUAUAGUGCUUUCGUAAAACUUUGUUAACACUCUAGAGGCCACAUUUAUUGUCCAAUCUUAAUGAAAUAUGGUCAGAAGAUUUGUCUUAAUGAUAUCUUGGAUGAGUUCGAAAAUGGUUACAUUUGCUUGAAUAACAUGGCCGCCAAGGGGCGGGCAUUUUACCUUAUAUGGCUAUAUACAUGUAAGGCUAUAGUAAAAUCUUGUUAACACUCUAGAGGCCACAUUUAUAGUCUGAUCUUCAUGAAAUUCGGUCAGAAGAUUCAUCCUAAUAAUAUCUUGGGCGAGUGUAAAAAUGAUGCCAGGUUGGUUGAAAAACAUGGCCACCACAGGGACGGGGGCUAUUUUCCUUAUAUGGCUAUAGUAAAACCUUAUUAACACUCUAGAGAUCACAUUUAUUUUCCGAUCAUCAUGAAACUUGGUCAGAAGAUUUGUCCCAAUGAUAUCUUGGAUGAGUUCGAAAAUGGCUUUGGUUGCUUUUUAAACAUGGCCACCAGGGGCGGGGCAUUUUUCCUUUUAUGGCUAUACAUGUAUAUGGCUUUAGUAAAACCUUGUAAACACUCUAGAGGCCACAUUUAUUGUCCAAUCUUCAUGAAAUUAGGUCAGAAGAUUGGUCUCAAUGACAUCUUGGAUGAUUUGGAAAAUAAUUAUGUUUGCUUGAAAAAAUGGCUUCCAAGGGGCGAGCAUUUUUCCAAUCUUUAUGAAAUUUGGUCAGAAGAUUCAUCCCGAUAAUAUCUUUGAUGAGUUCAAAAAUGAUGCCUGUUGGUUAAAAAAAUUGCUGCUAGGGGGCGGGGCAUUUCUCCUUAUAUGGCUAUAGUAAAACCUUGUUAACACUCUAGAGGCCACAUUUAUUUUCCGAUCUUCGUGAAACUAGGUCAGAAGAUUUGUCCCAAUAAUAUCCUGUUAUCUCAGGCGAGCGACUUUGGACCUUUCAGGCCCUCUUGUUAUUUAUAAAUCCUCAUCUGUUUGUUUGCAUGUUCUACAUAACUACUACAGCUUUUCAAUUACAAACAUUUCUUUAUAGUCAAAAUAAUAGGUGAUUGGCAGGAAACAUUCUUUACACUAUCAAAGCUGAGGAAUAUUUGAGUGGACUCUUUUCAAAAGCGACCUAUUUGAAUCUUGAGCUUUUUGUAACACACAUUUUUGGGAAUCGUGUUUAAAAAAUAUUGCACACUGUAUAUGUUUAUAUAUUGAAUUAUAUACUCAAAGCAUUGCCAUUUUGGUAAAUGGCGUUACAUUUUAAAUUAUUAUUUCAUACUUGAAUCGUGCCAUAUAAACACAUUAAUCUCAGGUUAAAAUCUACUUUUACUUGGAUUUAUAUCUAUGUUUAAGUAGUAUAUUUUGUGCUGUAACAUAAAUGUGUGGCUUUUCUGACAGCAAAUAGUAUGAUUGAUCAUAUAUCUUACUGAUUAAUGUUAAGAGUUAACAGUUAAGUAACUUAAAAAUAUUACUCUGCAUUCCAUAUUUAGUAUAAUGAAAGAAUGCUAUGUACUUUUAUCUUAUCAAUUAAAAAAUGCAAUGAUCUUAAUGCACCUAUCGUUCUUUUAUUUCAAUACAAGUCUUAAAACAGUAUAUGAGUUAAAUGGAAAGUUUCUAUUAAAAUGGCUGUGUCACUUAAAUCAUUAUUUUAUAAUAUGACUUCAUUUGAUAUAAGUCAUAUAUAUAUAUAUUAUAUCAAAUGAAGUCAUAUUAUAAAAUAAUGAUUUAAGUGAACUGACAUUUUGCAUAUUCAUAUGCAGUGUAUAAGAAGGUUCUGUUUUUUUUAUUUUAAUAAAAAUGCUCAUUGAAGUACAUGUAUAGUCUACUUUGAUUUGUUGAUCUAUUUUGUUUUUCUAAAAGAUUUGCUGUACAUUUUAAAGCAACAAUCAGAGAAUGAACAUCAUUAUUUUAUUAACCUACAUCAUAACAUGAAACUUGUAAGUUUUAUUUAAAAUGAUUACACAAAUGUAUCAUUUUAAGUAUUACAUUCCAUACAGAAAUAACAAGAAAUUGGAAAACAUAUAUGUAGCCUGUAAGUCAAUAGGACUUUUCCAAACAUUAUUUAUGAAAUUUUAUCUAUUUAAAAAUAUUCAUUAAUUUAAUGUCAGAAAAAUAUGUUCGGACUGGUGGCAUUUAUGUAGUGAUUUGUUUCAUACUUAUAUGUUGAAGCUUAAAAAAUUAGUUUGACUAAAAAAACGGGUUAGUAAAAUAUUUAUUCUAUAUAUAAUAUGAUUUUACUUGUUUCAUACUUAUAUGUUGAAGCUUAAAAAAUUAGUUUGACUAAAAAAACGGGUUAGUAAAAUAUUUAUUCUAUAUAUAAUAUGAUUUUACUAUAUUAUCAAUUAAUUGUUUGUAAGCAACUCUGUCUAAAUGUCUAUCCAGGAUACACAUUCGAAUAUGUCAGUAGUAUUUCAUUUAGCACAUCUCAAGAAUUUUAUUGUUUUAUAAGUGUUGAGACAGAAAUUAAUAUGUUUAGGUAUGUCUGUAAUUAAACUCUGUGAAAGGUGUACCAAGGGUAACUGUAGAACGUUUGAUUUGUCUUGCACUGCUCAAUUUUAGUUGUACAUGCAAUAAUAUUGGUAUAAAUGAAUUGCAGUGCAAGGAAGGAAAUAUAGGGUAAUUAGAUUGUCUUGUGUUGUCUUUUGUUUUCAGCAAACACAGCUUAAUAUACUUCUCAAAAUUUGCUAAGGAUCACUUUUUAUAGUAUGUGUAAUUUGAAGUUUACCCCUAGCUAGAUUCAGCCAGCGUCACGCAUCAAUAAUAAAUCAAUACAUAAAAAUAAAAUCAAAAACACCCAUUCUAAUAUCAAAACCUGCAAAAUAACAAUUUAAAUUAAAUUAAAUUGAAGAUAAUUUAAAAAUAUAAAGUAAUCCUUAGCAAAUUUUGAGUAGUAUAUGUGCUUCUUUUUAACAGAAAUAGUUUCAGACAAUCUGGUGCAUUAUUCUGUAAUUUGUAACUUAAUUGCAUGCAAAAUAGAUGUCAAGUUGUGCAGCAAAGGACUUUAGACUGUCUCAAAGGUAUUAAUCAUAAUGUCUGACAAAUGUAAAAGCAUCAGUCUAUCAUCAAUGUACGUUCUUUAAGAAGCUCUCUCAUAUUCACUGUCAUGCAUACAUUUUUAAACAAGCCAUUUUAUAAAACAAGCCAUUUUAUAAAUUUGUUUGAAUCCAUUGUUCUACAGAUGUGCUAGAUACCAUUUCAUUGGCAUACAUUACCAUUUACCCUUGCAUUACUAGUCUAAAAUAAUACAAUGUCCUUAAAUUUCUUGCUAGAUUUGAUGUAAAUUAUUUAUUUAUGCAUAAGUUUUUAUGAAAAUGCUAACCAACUGAUCCAGUUUUAAGAUGCUUUAAAUAUUAUGUGUAAUAAUUAUGUAUAACUGUUACUAUAUAAUACACUAUAGUUCCAACACAUUGUCAUUAAUCAAUUUUAUUCUCAAAAAUGCAUUGUCAUGGUUUUGUUAAGUGACUUCAAAAUAUAAAAAAAAGCAAACAUACUAAACAUGUCCAAAAAAUGUGAUCCAAAUAAUUGAUACAAAGUCUGUCAAUGUAUAUGCAGAGUAAAUUUUAUGACUGUAAAUUCUGAUGCAUACAUACUGUAUGUAUUUAGCAUGAAUUAUUUGUAUAAAUCAAACUGUGGUAUGUUACUGUUUUUAUGGUUUUAGGCAAAACUAUUUUAUUUUGUUAAUAUAUAGCAUCACUGAAUGUUCUACAAUGAAUUCAGAAUUAGAUGUAAGUGAGCAGUGUUUAUGUUAUCCAUGACUGAUCCUUGAAAAUAUAUUUUAAAAUAUGA